AUGUCGUCGCACAAUGCCGCGCUUUAUGAAGAUCAAGGUGUGACUCUCUGGGCUGUGAAUACCGUCUUCAUUGUGCUAGCCACAGUGGCUGUCAUCGGGAGGUUCUAUGCGAGAAAGCUGCGAAAGUCAUCUCUCGGCUUCGAUGACUGGGCAAUCUUUGUCGCUUUGCUUCUCGACUUGGUCCUUUACGGCCUGUUCGCUGGAUGUCGAAAGUAUGGCCUUGGAAAGCACCGAGCCAUCGUCCCCGAGCCCGACGUAAUACGCAUGAAGGAACUCCUAUACGUCUUCCUGAUCUUCUAUCUCCUCGCGCCACCAACUGUGAAACUAUGUCUUCUCUGUCUCUACAAGAGAAUCUUCGUUUCCUCGCGCUUUCUGAUUCUAGUAUACUUCAUGAUCGUCACUAUCUCAGUCUGGGCGACCGUGACAGUUUUCAUGGGUAUAUUCCUCUGCAACCCCAUCAGUGCUUUCUGGACCGAAGAAGGGCAUCGUAUGUCCCUUGGAAAGUUUUCCAUCGGAUACGGCGUUGUGAAUAUCAUCACGUCCUUUUUAGUCUGGAUGAUGCCUAUCCCGAACAUGUGGAGGUUACAGCUACGGAUGGCACAAAAGAUUGCCUUGACUUUGACCUUUGCAUUGGGCCUUUUUGACAUUGUUGUUGCCAUCAUCCGUAUGCUUUCCCUUUUGACAGCCUUCGGACAUUGGGACGUCACAUAUGACUACUCGCACGGAUUCAUGUGGUCUAUCAUUGAAGUGUCGGCUGGAAUCAUUUGUACCUGUCUUCCUACGAUGUUCAUUAUCUUGCGGAUGGCCCUGAGCGGGAGAUUAGGACGGAUGCUGGGAAUCUCGAGCUCAACACCCCGACGCCAGAGCACAGGUCUGCGGCCAUGGAAUCGCUCAGAGGAGUACGAUGAGAUAUUGAGCUCCUGGAUGAUUCGCGAUGGAGGAGUUCAUCAGCAUAACAGUGAUGUCACUGCUGGGAGCGCGACGAUUACGAAAACGGAAUCGUUAGAGAGAGAGGCAGGAGAAACUGGGAUUCGUGUUCUGGAGGAGGUCAAGGUUGAGUUACAAGACUUGAAGCCUGCUGUUUACUUAGCGAGAAACAGGUGA